AUGGUGAAUUACGGUGUUUCGCGUGCCUGUGAGACCUGUAGGAAGCGGCGAAAAAAGUAUGACGAGGGCCGUCCAACAUGUAGCCGUUGUGCUAAAGCCGGCCGUGUUUGCCUUGGUUACCGGAGCGAGGACCAAUUGCAUUUUCGUUACCAUGCUGCUCCAGUAAACGCGCCAGUGCAAACCCCAUUGCCCCCAAUAAGCGAGAUAUAUACUACAGACCAUGCAGUUAGAUUUUUUCUUGACCAGUAUGUAGUCCGCACAACCGAUACGAGGAUCUCGCGCGGAUUCUUGCAUGGCCUACCCUCCCUCCUAGCCAACGCCGAGCCAUACACAGACCUCGUGCAAGCGGUCGAGAUAGUUGCUUGGGCUAGCCUGGGUAAUCAGUUCUCUUGGCCUGACUUACUAGUCAAAGCAAGGAAACAGUACAUCACCUUGUUGCAGUCAUUCCAGGUCUUACUACUAUCCUGUCAACUCCAUUCACCAACAGUGGAAGCACUGGUGAUUGUCAUAUUACUCGGUAUGUACGAGAUUGUGAGCAGCGCCGAUCUGCUUCCGGAACAACAGCAACACGUUGCCCAUGUACGAGGGGUUUAUGCUCUUCUACUGAGUGAUAGCUCGCCUUUCGAUCUGCGGUCGAGCACACAACUAUUCCAAGUCGCGAGCCCUUUGCUCGCCAGAGGUGCCCUACAGAACGACCAUACCGCGGGCGUUCUAUGUGCGCCCGCCUCAAAUAAUACAGUGCGUAACCUGGGUCAAAUCUUAAUAGAGUGUCAUUCACUCUUCGAGCGUGUGAAUACACAACUACAGAAUCCACAGACUCCACCUACCGAUCUGCAGGAGACCUUCGCGAAAGCCCUUAGGAAAGAGUAUGCUUUCUCGCAGUGGGAUACAAAUCUAGACACGUCGUGGCAGGCCAAUACAAUUGGCUAUGUCACCGAGGCGGAGGCUCAAGCUUCGUCUUGUCCCUUCUGUUGGCAUGGAGCGGUGCAUUCCUACUUUGACGUCUAUGUUGCAGCCGUGAUGAACACAUACCGGAAGACAUACCUUAUGUUGCUAGAGGCCCUCAUCCGUACCGCGAGCCACAUCAAUCCGGUCAACCAUGCAGACACAAUAACAAAUUGGACGCACGAAGCCCGACUGCUGGCAGAUGAUAUUGUUGCGUCAGUACCAUACCAUCUUACCAGUAAUCUGCGCGAUUACUUAAGGACAAUUACCUCACAGAAGGGAACACCCAGAAUCGGCCGCUCCGUCGGCGGGUUACUGCUAUUACAUCCACUCUAUGUGCUAUCAACCAGUUCAAUUCUACAUCCUCCGAUGCAAAGCUAUGUGAAAAGCUGUCUGGCCUGGAUUGGGCAGUACAUGGAGAUUGGGCAGGGAACACUGAUGUCCAAGGUAAAUGGAUCCCAGGGCUACGCCAUUCUCCCAUUUCAGGAGAUGGCAGAAGAGCAUGUCCUAAUUUGGGCGGGGAUGCUCCUACAGCCGAUUGAGAAGCGGGAGUGCGGAGCUGCAUCUUCUAAACAGAAUCAAAAUGAUUGUGGUUGA